ACAGCGGCGUUACUGUGUUGACCGGACACGACCCUGAGCCCGUGUAGAUCCUGCGGUCGCUAAUGAAAACAGAGAACCGAUUAAUAAACUUACUAUUAUUAUUGAUAUUAACCGCUGCGUGAGUUUAAACUGAAGGUAGCGGAGUGUAGAAGCAGCCAGAGACUGGAGACAUGCCCCGAACACAUUUACACUCGCAGAGCAGACUGAAACACACUGUAGCACCUAAAUACUCUGGAUAUCGGUCCAGACUUUCUAUCAAGACAUCUGAAAACUACCUAGUAAGGAUGCCACCCGAGAUCAUCCUGAAGAUCCUUUCUUACUUGGAUGCUGGAGCUCUCUUCUGCAUCAGUUUGGUCAACAAGCACUUUCAGAAGUUGGCCAACAACAAUGCUGUGUGGUAUCAGUUUUACGCCAGCCAACGAGCGAAAAAGAAGAGGCCCGGGCUAAUAGACGAUGUGACAGAUGGCAUGGGUACGGCUGGUGUACAGGAAAAGCCUGAGGGAUACUGGAGGAGACGUUUCUUCAAAGAACUGGCCGGACACAAUGAGAACUGGAGGAAAAAGCUCAAACAUGUUGAUUCAUACACGGGUCUGCCGAGCCAAACAGCACAAAUCCUCAGGAGUCUGCGUGUUAGAUGGACGAUCACGCUGACGGAUAAGAGAGGACGGGAGAGCACCUUUGAGCAGACUCAUGUCCACUUCAGCACGGCCGCUGUCACCGUUAGCUGGAGUGCGGGAGACUGGCCGUUUAUUGACCAGCUCACUGCGCUGCAGCUGCAUGGAGUGGUGCGGGUGCCCCUUAAAUGUCCAGAUGAGUACAAGCCUGGCUGGAGAUCACUUCUAACUAAAGUGAUGUUAAAAAAGGACACAUGGAGGUUGUGUGGUUCAGACAGGAUGGUUAAGUUACUGUGUGUGGAGCAGGGCAUAACUGUGGGUGUCUGGCAGGAGCCUCAGGAAAUUGCCUUUGUUAUGGUGAACUUACAUUAUCACAGACUGGUGGACAGGAGUCUCCUGGGGUCGUCUGCUGUCCAGCAUCAGCCAGCAGAACAUGCAGCCAAAUUUGAUGACGUGGACCCGGAGUACGGUCUCCAUGGAUACACUGUCCAUAUUGAGCUACACAAUACAGUGGAGAGCAUCACAUCUGGAUGCUUUAGCCAGCUGUUCUGCAGGAAAGAUCAGAUUGCUGAUGGUUUUGUACAGCUGAAAGUUAUCAGCAGAAGCAACAGAUCUCAGCACACUGCUCUCUGUGGAAGCAUCAGUCUGCCCUGGAGCUCAGACGCCCUACAGGGACGGGUUGAGGGCUGUUGCAUGCUGAACCUGACUGUACUGGAUGAAGCACACUUACCUUUCUGGUGUGUCAGUGCUCCUGUAUCCAUGACUAAAUUAAAUCCAGCAGAAACCUCGUUUGGCUGUUAUGGAGAGAGUUUCUGUAUUGGUUUUGAGGACUCUGUGGGGAAGGUGGAGAUCGAGCUGCAGCAGAUGGAGGAUCAGAAACUGUUCUUCAUGGUUAAUCUAUUAAUUUUCCUCCGUGUUAGCAAAGUGAAUAAGCACUUUGGAAGAGAUUAUUAAAACCCCAGGUGGGCUUGUUACAGAUUGAUAUCAUUUUUGUUGAUACUCUGUUUGUGUUAAAUCUUUUAUUAUUUUAUUUUAAUAGUGGAAUUUUUUGUCAUCUUUUCACUAUGAAAUGGAAAGAUUGGACAACUGGAAAAAAUGACCAGUGCUCACAAUUGCUUAGAUACUGUUGCUAGAUUGUAGAAGCUUAAACUGAAUAUGACUAUUGUCUCAGUUUAUAUCACAAUACCUACAUUCAGAGUUUUAUUAAUACUCUACCUGGCAACAAUAGAGAUACAUAUAUAAAAAAAACAUUGUUGUGGAAAAAAUGUAUAUAGGAUUGUUUUUGAAGUAAAUAUUAUGUUGUUAUUAUAACUGUAUAUUUGUUUUCUUUUCCUUGUUAAAAGGUAAUAAAAAAUACGGUUAACGGUCAGGUGGCUUAGUUUUGUGCAGUGCGUCUUUUAUAUGUAUUCUUUUCUCUCCCACUUUGUGUCGGUGCAGCAGGAUGUUAUCUUCUGUAGAACAAUUUAAUGGGAAAGUACUGUAUCCAGUGACCUGUCUCUAAUUUAAUUCACUCGACAACCUAAUUAUAGCAGAAAAGCAUUAAAAUGAUAGCCAUGCUCUGUAAAAUUAAA